UGGACUGGGCUGUGCCUUAGCUACCAGUCCCGGCCCUUUUCCUGUGGGUGGAUGCCUGGACGGGGAGGGGGGAGCGAAGGCUUAGCUGACCAGGCUGAUCUUGCCCAUACAGGUGUGCAUAACUCAAGGAAUGUGAGCCAGGCUGAGUCAUGGACACUCCUCCCACCACCUGAGCUAGAAUAAAAUCAGCCCUCACCUGAGAAGGGGAUCCCACUACAGAUUUCUUACCUGCUCUUCUGGUCUUACCUCCCCUCCCCACACACAUCUGGUGGGGGAAAAAAGACACGGGUUGAAGAAACGACAGCAAGGGAAAGUGGAGAAAAAGGGGGCAGUUGAUAUUUGACCGGAGGGAGCAGAAAUUCCUGCAAAGGUAGGUCAGGUCUGUGAGCUGUGCGGCUUCUCUGAGGAUUUAAACCUGGCAUCUAGGCAAAGAAGAGGGGGGAAGCACGAAAAGAAAUCAAAGAGAAGGCUGGAAAUCAGCUAGUGGUAGCAAAGCAGUGAAGCUUCCCUUUUUGCUCUCAGAAGAAUUUCUUGGCUUGGCGUGUGGGUGCCUCUUGUUUGGAUUGUUGCAGAGGAUUUCGGCUUUGAAGCAGACCCAGCGCUAAUGAGGAGGAAGAGGAUGGAUGUGUCACUCCACAGGAUAUGGGCCAGGCUGCUCCUGCUGUCCCUGCUCUGUGCCACGGGCCUGUGCCAAAAGAACAAAAUUAAUCGCUGCGUGGCCUCCAGGGCAAAGAGCUGCACAGAAUGUAUCCGAGUGGACAAGGACUGCUCCUACUGCAUGGAAGAGAACUUCAAAGACAGCCGAUGUGACUUGAGAGAGAACCUGGUGGUGUAUGGCUGCCAUGAGGCCAGUAUCGUGUACAUGAAAAGCGAGAUGACAGUCCAGAAGAACGUCAGCAUCAACACCUUUCUGAAGAAAACCCAGAUGUCUCCGCAGCAGAUGUACGUGCGGCUGAGAGCCGGGGAGGAGGCCAGCUUUGACAUGGAUGUCUUCCAGCCCCUCGAGAGCCCUGUGGAUCUCUACAUCCUCAUGGACUUCUCCUACUCCAUGUCUGACGACUUGGAUAACCUCAAGAAAAUGGGCCAGCAGCUAGCGGAGGUCCUGCGAAAACUGACCUCCAAUUACACCAUCGGGUUUGGCAAGUUCGUGGACAAAGUCUCAGUUCCGCAAACAGACAUGAGACCUGAGAAGCUGCGAGAGCCCUGGAAUGGAGCUGACCCUCCCUUCUCCUUCAAGAACGUCAUCCGCCUGACCAGCAACAUUGACCACUUCAGCAGGGAGCUGAUGAAGGAGCGCAUCUCCGGCAACCUGGAUGCCCCAGAGGGUGGCUUUGAUGCCAUCCUCCAGACGGCUGUUUGCAAGGAGAGCAUUGGCUGGAGGAAGGACAGCACUCACCUGCUGGUCUUCUCCACUGAGUCCGCCUUCCACUAUGAAGCCGACGGCACCAAUGUGUUGUCUGGGAUCCUGCGGCGUAACGACGAGCAGUGCCACCUGACCCAGGACAACACCUACACCUACGACACCAAGCAGGACUAUCCCUCUGUGCCCACCCUCGUGCGCCUGCUGGGCCAGCACAACAUCAUACCCAUCUUUGCCGUCACCAACCACUCCUACAGCUACUACGAGAAACUGCACCGGUAUUUCCCCCUCUCAGAAAUCGGAGUGCUGCAGGAAGACUCCUCCAAUAUUGUGGAGCUGAUUCGCACAGCUUUUGAGCGUAUCCGUUCCAAGAUGGACAUCCGCACGGACUUUGUCCCCAAAUCCAUCAAGACCAACAUUACUUCCUUGAAGUAUGAAAAGACUGAGUCAGGCUCCUUCUUUGUUUCCCGUGGGGAAGUGGGCAAGUUCAAUCUGCGUUUGAAAGCCCUGGAGAAGGUGGGUGGGGAGCAUGUCUGCAACCUCCAGGAGAAAGACCGGCAGGGAACAAUCCAUGUGAAACCCUCCUCACUGAGCGACAGCCUGAAAAUUGAUGCCUCUGUCAUCUGUGAUGUCUGCCCCUGUGAGCUGCAAAAGGAAAGUAGAUCGUCCAAAUGCGGAUUCAAUGGGGACUUCGUCUGUGGACGGUGUGUCUGCUACUCAAACUGGCGAGGGGACUCGUGUGACUGCUCCUCUGACUUUUCUGAGGACAGCCAGGCCUGUAUCCGCCCUGGGGAUGAGAAGCCUUGCUCAGGGCAGGGUGAAUGCCUCUGUGGGAAAUGCCAGUGCUACUCAGAGGACCUGACCCUGCGCUACGAGGGUGACUACUGUGAAUUUGACAACUUCCAGUGUCCACGUACAUCUGGCUUCCUCUGUAAUGAUCGGGGUCGCUGCUACAUGGGCCAGUGUGCAUGUGCAAGUGGCUGGGGAGGCCCUGGCUGUGAAUGUCCCACAAGCAACGAGACCUGCAUCGACAACAAUGGGGGAAUCUGCAAUGGCCGUGGGAGGUGUGAAUGUGGCAGGUGCAUUUGUGACAGCUCCUCUCCCUACAUGGACCCCACCUGCGGAAUAAAUUACUCCAUGUUUAUGCUGGGGGUGUGUGAAGAUACUCGAACCUGUGUCCAGUGCCAGGCCUGGGGGACUGGUAAGAAGAAGGGGAAUGAAUGCACUAAAUGCCCUUUCAAGAUCCAGAUGGUGGAUGAACUGAAAGAGGAGGGGGUGAACGAGUACUGUACGUUCCAGGAUGAGGAGGACGAUUGCACAUACCGUUACACCCUGAAAGGAGAUCCCAGCAUGCCGCACAACAACACCAUCCUUGUGCAGAAGAAGAAAGAGUGCCCGCCAGGAAGCUUCCUAUGGCUCAUCCCCCUGCUCAUCUUCCUGAUCCUGCUUCUGGGGCUGCUGCUGCUGCUCUGCUGGAAGUUCUGUGCUUGCUGCAAGGCUUGCCUGGCCCUGCUGCCCUGUUGUGCACGAGGCCGCACUGUUGGGUUCAAGGAGGACCACUACAUGCUCCGGCAGAGCCUCAUGUCCUCCGACCACCUGGACACCCCCAUGGUCCGCAGUGGCUCUCUGAAGGGCAGAGACACCGUGCGCUGGAAGAUCAGCAACAAUGUCCACAAGUCAGGCUUCUCCUCCCAUGCAGGCACAAACACCAAAGAGCUGAUCCCAUACGGCAUCUCUCUGAGAUUGACUCGGCUUUUCACCCAGAACCUCACGAACCCAGACACCCGUGAAUGUGAGCAGCUGUGCAAGGAGGUGGAAGAGAAUCUGAAUGAUGCUUACAAGCACAUUCUUGGUGCUCUCAAACUCCAGCAGACUAAGUUCAGGGUGCAGCCCAAUGCAGGAAAAAGGCAGGACCACACCAUUUUGGACACAGUGCUCACUGCCCCCCGUGGAGCCAAACCUGAGAUCAUAAAGGUGACAGAAAAACAUCUUUCACAGGAGGCCUUCAGUGAUCUGAAGGUGUCACCUGGUUACUACACCGUUACCUCUGACCAGGAUGCCCACGGCAUGGUGGAGUUCCAGGAAGGUGUGGAGCUGGUGGAUGUCCGCGUCCCGCUCUUUAUCAGGGAAGAAGAUGAUGAUGAGAAGCAGCUGCAGGUGGAGGCCGUUGAUGUCCCCACAGGGAUAGCGAAGAUAGGACGCAGGCUUGUCAACAUCACCAUCAUCAAAGAACAAGCCAGCAGCCUCAUCAGCUUCAUGCAGCCAGCCUACUCUCACAGCCGCUUUGACCAGGUGGCUAGGAUCCCUAUUGUUCGUGAGAUAAUAGACCAUGGGAAAUCCCAGAUCACCUACAGGACUCGGGAUCUUACUGCCAAGGAAGGCAGGGACUACAUCUUCACAGAGGGUGACUUGCUCUUCCAACCUGGGGAGACACGGAAGGAGGUGCAGGUGCCACUGCUGGAAUUGACUGAGAUUGACACCCUCCUGCACAGCCGCCAGCUCAAGCAGUUCACCGUGGAUCUCCUCAACCCCAAGUAUGGGGCCAAGAUCGGCAGAUACCCACAAACUAUGGUGACCAUUGCUGACCCAGAGGUCGUAGAUGGCACACCAUUACCACUGGGUCUGGGCCAAGUCCCUCAUUCUCCCAAGGGCAAGAUCAGUGCUCCACUCAAUCCAAAUGCCCAGGCCCUCAACUCCAGAAAGAUCCGGUUCAACUGGCUGCCACCCCCUGGCAAACCUCUGGGGUACAAGGUGAAGUACUGGAUCCAAGGGGACCCUGAGUCGGAAGCCCGACUGAUCGAUUCCAAGGUCCCAUCAACAGAGCUGAGUAACCUGUACCCUUUCUGCGACUAUGAGAUGCAGGUCUCUGCCUACAAUAGCUUGGGCCAGGGCCCCUACUCCAAUGUUGUCCAUUGCCGCACGCUGGAAGAAGUGCCCAGUGAGCCUGGACGCCUGGCUUUCAACGUCGUCUCUUCUACGGUGACGCAGCUGAGCUGGGCUGAGCCUGCAGAGACCAGUGGGGAGAUCACGGCUUAUGAAGUUAGCUAUGGACUCGUCAACGAGGACAACGUACCCAUCGGGCCAAUGAAGAAAGUGCUGGUUGAGGAUCCAAAGAAGCGCAUGGUUCUGAUCGAAAACCUUCGGGAGUCCCAGCCAUACCGCUACAUGGUGAAGGCCAAGAACGGGGCUGGCUGGGGGCCUGAGAGAGAGGCUACCAUCAACCUUGCCACGCAGCCCAAGCGCCCAAUGUCCAUUCCCAUCAUCCCCGAUGUGCCAAUCAUCGAUGCUGAGGGAGGUGAGGACUACGACAGCUACCUGAUGUACAGCACCGACAUGCUGCGCUCCCCAGCGGGCAGCAAGCGUCCCAGUGUCUCUGAUGACUCUGAGCACCUGGUGAAUGGCCAGAUGGAUUUCAACUUCCCUGGCAGCGGGGGCACCCUGACCCGGAUGGUCACUAGCAGCUACAACCAGCUGAGCUCGCACGUGCAGCAGGAAAGGAGGGUGAUGGGGAGCUCGACACUGACCAGAGAUUACAACACGCUGGUGUCAGGACAUGACCAUCUGGGGAGGAAUCUCCCUCCCAUACGUGAAGAUGCUGGGAGGAUGGUCUUGCUGCCGCGGGAUGUAGGUUUCAGGAGCAGGGCAAAGGUGAAGGGUUACUACCCCAGCACUGGCUUUCGGGACUCUAUAAUCAUGACUGAUGGGUCCACUGGGAUUUGCAAGUAUAUAGAUUCCAGGGUGACCCCGGGCAUCCCCGACACACCCACCCGCCUGGUCUUCUCGGCGCUGGGACCCACCUCUCUGAAAGUCAGCUGGCAGGAGCCGCAGUGCGAGAAGGAGGUGCAGGGAUACAGCGUGCAGUACCAACUCCUCAACGGAGGAGAAGUAUACAGACUCACCAUCCCCCACCCCAGCCAAAAUUCAGUGGUGGUGGAGGACCUGCUGCCCAACCAAUCCUACAUCUUCAAGGUGAAGGCCCAGAGUGAGGAGGGCUGGGGCCCAGACAGAGAAGGCGUCAUCACCAUUGAGUCCCAGGUGGAUCCGCAGAGCCCUCUGAGCCCGGUGCCAGGUUCGCCAUUCACACUGAGCACACCCAGUGCUCCAGGCCCCCUGGUGUUCACUGCCCUGAGCCCAGACUCCCUCCAGCUCAGCUGGGAGCGACCGCGCAAACCCAACGGGGCAAUUCUGGGCUACAUGGUCACCUGUGAGAUGCUGCAUGGAGGAGGAGAACCCAGGAACAUUUAUGUGGAGGGGGACAGCCCAGAAACUACCCUGACAGUGCCCUACCUGACUGAGAAUGUCCCAUACAAGUUCAAAGUGCAAGCUAAGACCACGCAAGGCUUUGGACCAGAGAGAGAGGGUAUCAUCACCAUUGAGUCUCAAGAUGGAGGAGCCUUCUCACAGUUUGGAGGGCAACAGUAUACGAGAGAAGUGUACAACUUCCCCACUGAAUACAGCACUAAAACCAGCCUCACCCACUCCUCUCUGGAUCCGCAUUUUGCAGAUGGCAUGCUGAUGACCUCCCAGCGGGUAGAGAGCAACAGCAGCACCCUCACCCAGCAGGUCACCAAAGAGUUCGUCAGCAGGACCAUGAUGUCCAGUGGAACGCUCACCAAACAGAUGGAGAGGCAGUUCUACGAAGCCUGAGCUGGGGAGAGGCUGCCGAAAGGACGUCUCCAUUCAGACUGCAGAACUUAUCAGGCAGACCUAUUGUUUGGUCAGCUUCCAGACUGUGCCAGAGAGCCUGCCACAUCUCUCCUGGCAUAAAACUACCACGACACUUGUCAAGCCAGUCUUUCUUUUGCAGCUUGCUAUGGUCAAGGGCACAGCCCAGUUCGCAGUUGGGGUGGCAGGGGUCUUGAUGCCCAUUCAGAGCUCUCCUGGGUGGCCUUGGGUCUUUACUGAAGAUUUUGACAUUGGUGACUUCUCACUGCUGGGCCAUUGCCCAGCCAUUUUGGAGUUCAGUGUAUAAUCCUUGCCUGCUGAUAUAGGUCUUUGGGUGCAUGUUACCUACAAGCUCUGAUGUUCCUGGAAUUUUGGCUGCACUGGGUUUUGGUUUGCAUUGAAAUGUCCACAUUUGCUCUACCCUGCACAUCACUUUUGACUUCCUCACCUUUCCAACUGCUUCAUCUAUUAAUUUCACCCCUGGGAAACAACUCCCCAAGAAGACAACUUCAUGAUCGUCCAGAAAUGUUUAAAGUUCUGUUUUUUUAUAAGUGUGUGUUGCCAGGUAGAAGGUGAGGGUAACCUACUCAUUCCCACCACACCUGUUUUUGUAAAGCCCCUUGCUGCUAAUGUGUGGUACUGCAAUAACAAAUUAUAGCCUUGAGUUGUAUAGCAUUACCUGCAAUGCUCUAAUUCAGUGUUGCUUACACUAUUGUACAGUUUUCCUAGUAUAUAUAUUUAUAAAUGUAUUUUAUUAUUUUAUAAAGAAACCUAGGUAGAUGAGAUCUACACAGGUCAGGACAUAAGAGGACUCUGGCUUUUGGGAGUCAUUAGCAAGUUCAGCAGAUAAGUUAAAGGACCAAGCCAGAGGCCAUUAAACCUGAUGGAAAGCCUCCCAGUAAUUUAAGUGAGCUUUAGAUCAGUCCCUACAUCCCUCAGCACUGACUCCUAUGAUACAGGGGCCCAACUUCUUGGAGCGUCUCAGCCAGAUGUGUCUACAGGCUGCAUAGCAAGAAACAGCAGUCUCAGUGUAGCUCCAGUGUACUGUGGGUAAAAGCCAGGAGCAGCCAGGAAGGGAAGAUUAGCGCUUCAGGUCCCAUGGCAUGCUCUGAAAGGAGACAACAGAAGUAAUGUUUUUGCUGCAAACCCAAGACCAGGAUUCCCUGCUGAUUCUAUCGUUCACAAGUGGAGCUUAGCCCAGGUAGGGUGUGACUUUCAAAAGGCAUUUGUACCCCACAGAAAUGCCCUUUGUGGAAUAUAAGAUUCCAUUAUCAACCAGGAAGCACAAGGUGAUGGAAGACAGAGCGAGCUGUUAGCCUCCUUCUCUUAGUCCAUCCCCAUUUUGGGACUGGAGCGUCUCUUUCCCAUUCAAGUUGAAGCAUUUGCCUGUCUCGGCCAGUUUGUUUCUGUGGACCAACCAUUCCCAGACUUUAUCUGUACCUGGCCAGAGCUUGGUGGCCAGGAUGCAGCCCUGUGCACUAGGUCAAUUCUGCUAACUGCUAUCAAAUGCUGGGAGCAGCUGCACCUCUGAGCAUCCUCCAGGGGUUUAUACCGCCUCUUUUCUUAAGGUGCAGCUCUUUCUGUUGGAGUCAUGGAAUAGUAGUUCUGGCCAGAAGGCAUGGUACUUAAUGAUAGGGCUUGUACUCUCCGCUUUAACCCAGUUGACAGCAGCACCCUGAGCUCAGCAUCCACACUUCUGAAUUGGGAUGGUGAUGACGACACAUACUAGGGUCCUUGUGCUAAGUGCAUACGGUGGAGAUUUUCAAAGGGACGAACGACAGAGGGAAUUGAGUUCCUGACUUCUGUUUGUGCUUUUGAAAAUCUUCCCCCAAACCUCUAUGAAUCACCACAUGAGGUUAACUGGCUGCGCAAGAGCAGGAGGCAGCCAUGGUCUGAUGGAGCGAGCUCUGCACUGGAAAGAGUAAGCCAGUUCCUGGGCUCUAUCCCUGGUUGUGCUACUGAUCCCUUCCCUGACUUGGGCAAGAGGCUCAGCCUUGGGGUGCUUUCUGUCAAGUGGCGACAAGAGGACGCAGUGUUGUAAAAGAUUUUGGAGCAGUCUUCCAGUGAGAUGGGCUAUGGACUGGCUCAAGUUGGCUCAACCCCUUGCUCUCUAACGGAGCAGCAUUGGGCUGGAACUCAGCUGCUUGUGCCUUCCUAAGCCAAACCUCUGCAACCAAAGCAUAAACUGACUUUAGGCCCCAGGGGCAGCUCUUGGGAGAAGUGGGGUUUAUCUAUGAACUCCUUAAACACUCCUUUGCACCAGAGUAGUUUAUAAAUACCGGCCACUUUUAGAGCUCAGUUCUGUCCUCCCGAUUUCAAUGGGAAUUUGUCCAUUAAUUUUUAGUAUGAAUGAGAUCUGUGCACCUGAUUAAGACGUACAUUCAUGUUGUCCUGCACAACCCUACAGCUUUGGUGGGAGUUGGAUCUACUUCAGUUUGAUUUAAAACACAAGAAGCCCAGUCUGGUAGAGGUUAAAGCAGACAUGGUUUUCCACUACCUGGAAGAAAGUUACCAAACAAACACCCAGUUGUCAUCUGCCUUAAUUUUCAGUUCCUGUUUUCCAUGUUUCUUUAUAACUGGGGUUAUUUUACCUGCAUGGAUAGUGGUAAGAAAGUAUCAGUUGACGUGGUUCUUCUCCACCUGAAUGCUAGUCCUUUUUUCUGCGUUCUGUACUGCAGAUGUCCCUUACACCUUGAUUCACAACCUCAAGAGGGAACCCUGAUAGCAGUUUUAACCAAAGAGCUUGUUAUACUGUCUGGAGCAGAAUGCAGCAUGUUGGCUGGUCCUGAUCCUGGCAGUCUUGCCCUAAAAACCGGGUUGUAUGCCUCUUCUAACAGGCAUACCGGGCUAGAACACAAGCGUAGAAUACAGCUGAAUUCAGCUCUAUCCAAGGCAACAGUCUGACAGCAGGUGUUCUGGACCAGAUGGCUUUGUAUUGCACUUAAUAAACAUUUCUCUAUAGUU